AUGGCUACCUAUCUAGCAGUACCGUUAAAAAAGACUUAUGAAGUCGAUUUUGCUAAGCCUUUAAGAAGUUUUAUUCAAAAUACUUAUACAUCGGCAGAACCAGAUGAUUAUAAUUCAGCUCUUAGCGAAUUUAAUAAAUUAAGGAAUUUGAUGAUCACAAAAUCAGUGGACAAACACGAAUCUGCAUUGGAGGUUUUGUACCGAUACUAUGAUCAGUUGAUUGCUAUAGAAAAUAAAUUACCUAUCACAGAAAAUCAGAUACGUGUUUUAUUUAAGUGGAAAGAUGCGUUUGACGAAGGCUCUUUAUUUUCUGGAAGAAGAACUCUGGCUAUUGCGUCCGGAGCUUAUGAAAGAGUAUGUAUGUUAUUUAACAUCGCGGCUCUACAGAGUCAAAUUGCUGCCGUACAGAAUAAUGACAGUGAUGAAGGUUUGAAAACAGCUGCUAAAUAUUUCCAGCAAGCAUGUGGUAUCUAUGGUCACCUGAAAGACGUGGUGAUGUCCCACGUUCAACAAGACCCUACCCCCGAUAUUAACCCUGACACAGUUAGUGCCCUUAGCUCCUUAAUGUUAGCCCAGGCACAGGAGGCCUUUUAUAGAAAAGCUACAAAUGAUAAAAUGAAAGACGCCAUGAUUGCUAAACUAGCAUACCAGACGUCAGAACUGUAUGCAGACGCCAUGAAACUUAUGCAGCUCUCCUCUAUAAGAGAUCUCUGGCCUAGGGAUUGGUUAUCAACAGUGGUAAUGAAACAGGCAGCAUUCCACGGUCUAGCUGAAUAUUAUCAGAGUCAGGUGGCAGCUAACGGUAAAAAUUACGGAGAACAAAUUGCUCGGCUGCAGCAUGCCCAAGAGCUACUCAAUGCCUCCCAGACCCGAGGUGGAAUGACGUUUAGUUUCCAGAACGAUGUCAGUCGUGUCAAGAGGGCGUUAGACGCUGCCAAGAAAGACAAUGACUUUAUAUACCAUGAAAAAAUACCAGAAGUGAAAAACCUACCCCAGAUCGGGAAAGCUGUGAUAGCUAAACCUUUGUUUCCUCCAGCCCCAUUCAGUAAAAAUUUCACAGAUUUAUUUGAGAAGUUGGUUCCACUUCAAGUUCACGAGGCCCUGGUAGCGUUUGAGAAUCGUAAAGCCCAGAUAGCUAAUACUGAAAUAGGACGGCUACGUGAGUCUACACAGUUAAUGAAUGGAGUGCUGUCGUCUCUCAAUCUACCAGCUGCUAUAGAAGAUCUAACUGGCCAGGCUGUACCCCAGUCAGUUAUUGAGAAAGGGGAACAGCUACAACAAGUUGGUGGAGUUGAUCAUAUUGUCAAAUUAAUGAAAGAAUUACCAGAACUGCUCUCACGGAACAGACAGAUUCUAGAUGAGUGUGUACGUCUCCUUGACGAUGAAGAAAAAUCCGACAAUCAACUACGUGAACAAUUUAAAGAACGUUGGUCUCGUACGAAAUCAGACGUUUUAACAAAACCCAUGAGAGAAGAGGCCGCUAAAUACGGAGCCAUUCUCAACAAUGCAGUACAGGCAGAUAGAAUCGUACAUGAGAAAUUCGAAAAACAUAAAAAUGCCAUUUCUAUUUUAUCAAAACCUAGGAAUGAAAUGGAGAAAGCAUUGCCGUCUGCUAGUCCAGGAGCUGCUCUUCAAUCUUCACCUGUGGUACAACAACUCAGACAACAUAUGGAGGCAGUGGAAACACUGAAAGCUGAACGAGACGUAGUGGAAACUGAACUGAAAGAAUCCAAGUUUGAUAUGACCAGUAAAUUUAUGGCUGCGUUAGCUGGGGAGGGUCUGAUCAAUGAGGAAGCGUUAUCUACUGCUGAAUUAGAUCGUGUUUAUGCUCCGUUACGUAUGCAGGUUUCUGAUUCCAUCCACCGUCAAGAAACUCUGAUGGCUUUGAUCCAGAACGCCAAUACAGAAUUCUGUAAUGCAAAAUCCUCAAACCAGUCUGCAGCCCAACGUGAAACUAUGUUGAAAGAUCUGGCAUCAGGAUUCGAUAUGUUUAUGGAACUGAAAGGAAAUUUGGAAGAAGGAACCAAGUUUUAUAACGACCUCACUCCAUUACUGGUUAGACUGCAGAGUAAAAUAUCAGACUUCUGCUUCGCGAGAAAGACAGAGAAAGAUGAAUUGAUGAGUGAUCUUCAGAAACAGAUUGUCAACACUCCCGCCCAGCCUCCCCCUGCCACGCCCCAAUAUCAGGGCUAUGGAUCAGGAUGGAACGCGCCCUAUCCCCAGGGACAAGGAUACCCCAUGCCAGCUAUGCCUACAGGAGGAUACAGUACAUACAAUCCUUACAUGUCAUACCCACAGGCACCCCCUCAUCAACAAGGAGGAUACCCAUAUCCACCCCAGGGGUAUCAUCAACAACAGAUGGGCUACCCACAACAAGGGUACCCUCAACAGGGCUACCCUCAACCCCCGUACCCACAUAAUCCACAAUAUCGAUAAACUCUUACCCAAUUUGUCACUUUGAGGAAAAUUUUGUAAAUUUUAAAUAGUCAUUGUAUAUAUUGGAUCUAAUCAAAAAUAUUGGACGCCUUCGGAACACCUUAUGCCACUCUGAGCUUGAGGUUCUCAUGUAUCAAAUGCCUAUUAUAAUGAUAUUAUGUGUAGUAGUGCCCAAGGGGAGUGUAUCAGGUUUAAAAUAAACAGGUAUUCUGACUAAAACAUGUCUCCUAAAUGACUAUAUUAUAUAAAUUAUAUUUUGAAUAAUGACAAAUAAAUUUUCUGUUUUUGAUUUUAUAUUCAUGUCAAAAGAAAGUAAUCCUUCACUUGGUGUCUGCCGGGUAUUGACUAUGGGGGAUAUAGCCCCACCCCCCUCCAUAAUGAAUGAAAUUCUGGACCAUUAAGUGCUAUAAUAACAAGGCCUAUAAUACUAUAACCUCUCAGAGCAUAAUGGUUAGAUUAUAGCUGUAUAGUGUUUGUGUUUUGUUCUAUUAAAUUAUGCAACAUUGUUUUAAUUAGUAACACCAAGUUAUUUUUCACUGAUUAUUUGUAAACAUUGUGUUAUUGUGUUUGUUUAUAGUUAAAUUUGUGUGUGUAUUAUAAAUAGGUAUGUAUUAUAUUCACAAAUGUACAGUAUACGAAUUGUAGUUUAUGUUUAAUGCUAUAUAUGUUUCUUAAAAAAUACUUUUACAGUUUGACAUAGUUUGCUUGACAAUAAUUGAUUUUAAUGCCAGAAAGGAAAAGUAAAAAAUAAUGAAAAAUGCUCUUUUUUGUCAUUUUAAGUGUCUAAACAUCCAAACCUAACACAAUACCAAUCUGACUGCUCUGUUAGAUAGAUUUACGCGACAUGAAACCCUUGUCCACACAAUGAGCAGGGUAUUCUUCACAAAUCCUGGUACGAUUCAAAACAAAAACAGAACAGUCCAACUUACAUUAAGGUUUAAUUAAACACUGUAAGUUUAAUAUGUAUAGUUUCUAUUACUAUUCAUUCUACCUAUAAAUAAACUGGAUGAUUGUGUUUAUGUUUAGAAUCAGUCCAAGUUGUAUAUUAUUACUAUAAGUUCAAUAAGGUAGUGAUCUAUAUAGGUCAAUGUAUUUUGUUUCAACUCAGUCAAAUUGACUCUAGCUUAUGUUAAUGUAUAUUAUAUUUAUGUCUUUUCAUUUUUUUUUUUAUUUGUGAUGUAAUCAUCUUCUUGUUAUUUCUAAGACUAUUAAUACCAGCUUUUUGUCAAAUUUCUGUGGAAUAAAAUACUUAUUUUAUGGUUAAA